AUGGUUUUUCUGCAAGAAACAAAGUACCAAUCUCUGAAUAAUAACUUGGUUCGAGGUCUAUGGGGGUCUGACGAUUGCGAAUGGACGGGAAAAGAUUCAUUUGGGGCUUCAGGAGGGUUAAUUAUUAUGUGGAAGAAAGGCAUCAUUUCACCAUUAUUCAGUUUUAAAACAGAGGGAGCAGUCGGGAUUGGAGCUGAAUUUAAAGGACAGGUAUGCUUUUUUGUAAAUGUUUACUUUGCCUGUCAUUUACCUGGGAAAAGAAGACUAUGGGCUGAAUUAGUGGAGCUGAAGAACAAAUUCAAUUCUGGAUGGUGGUGCGUGGGUGGUGAUUUCAAUUCCAUUAGAGAUGGGAGUGAAAGGCAUGGUAGAAGCUCAGGUUGUAGGAUGAAUGAAAUCACUGAGUUUAAUGAGUUUAUAGAUUCCUUGGAAUUGGUGGACAUCCCGUCUAUUGGCAAAAGGUUUACAUGGUCGAACAAGGAGGGGAAUUCAAAGAGCAGAUUGGACAGAUUUCUGUUAUCAGCGGAGUUAAUCGAUGGCUGGAAGAUUGUGGGACAAAAGGUGGGUGAUUGGGACAUUUCGGAUCACGCUCCAAUUUGGUUAAAAGCUAAUGAUAAAGAUUAG